AUGGCGUUCAAUGCCCCUAAGACUGUUGGCGAACGUGCAUACGGAUGGUCCAGCGACCUAAUCCCAAUUUUCUCAGAACACCAGGCCACGGUCGGCCCACCAACCUCGCAUGCCAAUCUCGUGCAGCAGUACGCCUAUGACUCGUCACACCAGAUAUCACCGAUUGACCAACCCUCCAGCCGGCAGCGCCGCCAAAUCGGUCUGUUUGAAGUUGAUUGUGCAGGCAGGUUUACUGUGUGCGAGGACGGGUCGGGUCCGCAAAUCGGUAACAGGAGUACAUCGAGCUCGGUAUAUGCGGAAAUCCAUUCAACGCCGGAUAAAAACUCAGUCCCAAGUGACGACGAUACACCAGAUGAGGCCGAUACGGAUAUAAUUUCAGUUUCACUAGACCUCGGUGUACUAUGCACUGGCUCCUGGCAAGAAAGAAAGUCAUUCAUACCAUGGCGGGUUGAAGCGGUCACUCAGGAAGACCUUGACGAAAUGGCUCUUAUAGAGUCUCAGAAUUCACAGGCACUCUAUAAUGGGCCGGUUGCUGAGAAGCUAAAGCACUCUCACGAUUGGAAACUUGGUAAAACUGCCUCAGGAUCUGUUACUGAAUCUACCGACUACUCAGUGCCAGGCAUGACCGAGGCUAGCUCAAGGGAAACGGACACCUCGUGUCUUCCAGAUCACGCAGCUCACCUAGAAGAUAACCAAAUGGAUAGUCCUGUGCACAGCGUCUUCUCAUACCCGGACGAGAUAACUGCCGGUUGUGGAUCUGGGCUUUUCAAGUCCGACCUAACUCUCAUCGGCAUGUUUAACGAGCAUGGUGACCCCAAGGACCAACGAAGCCAGUUACGACCUUACUCCGUUCCACGACACCUUGAUGCUGAUGGGUUUCCAGAGGCCUGGACCGAACAAUCCCAACAAAAUUGCCAUGCUUCUUAUGAAAUACCCGGUCUUGUCUCAAUUCCCGGAGGAACUGGAGAAGACGAUGUCUCCGGGGCGGCCGAUGAGGAAUCUUCAGAAUCUGACUCUGUUUGGAUGUCAGAUUAUUCUGAAAGCGUCCCGAUUCUGCCUGAUGGUCACCCCUUCCUUGAUGUAAAAUCCAAGGCGACGGAAGAAGCCCUUCGUUUAUAUGAGGUUUAUUAUAACUACACCAGAGACAAGGGGACUCCAAGUGCAUCGUGUGUAGUCGAUGCUGGAGAUAAUACGUCUUCUGGUCAAGCCCCACGUGUAUCAUCCUUGGUUGGGUCGUCCAGCUCGUCAUCUGGAAGUAAGCGAGCGAGCGAUGGCGCAAACCAGAAUGGAAUGGAUGGCAACGACGACCAGAAUGGUGCAGAUGAAAGAGGCCCUCCGAGAAAACGCGUCCGUACAAACAAACAGUCGGCUGGCCGAGAACCAUCCUUGGCCUGCCCGUAUGCGAAGAAGGAUCCUAUAAAGUACCGCUCAUGCUACUCAAAGAUCCUCAAAAGAGCAAAGGAUGUGAAACAGCACCUAUCCCGAAGUCAUCAGCUACCAAUAUAUUGUGCCCGCUGCAAGGAGAUCUUCCACACAGAGGAUGAACGUAAUGAACACCUUGAGGUUGACAUAAGUGCAAUAUGCCCGGUUCAGAACAUAGUUUACGAUGGCGUCACAAGAGAGCAGAAAGAACUAUUGACAAGGAGAGUGAGCCCUCGUAUGACUCUUGAAGAUCAAUGGUUCUCUAUUUUUGACAUUCUUUUCCCAAACCAUCACCCGAAGCCAAGAUCCGCUUAUGUGAACACGGGCUUGCCGAUUGAGUUGGAAGCAUUUCAAGACAUGAUGGUUACCGAGGGUCCCAGGAUUAUCUCCACGACUCUUGAAUCAUACGGCAUUGUCCCUGUAUUGAUUUCAAAUAAUCCGGAACGUGAUUUAUCUUCAUUUCUUGAGAUUGUUUUGAUGGAAGCACAGCAGAAAAUUGCUGAUAGGUGGACUGCGAACUUGGUUGAAGACUCGACAAGUGAUGAAAACGGCGAUGACUCAAAUGCAACAGUAGCCUCGCGUCUUCAGGCCAACAUCGAACAGUCUACGUCAUCUUCAGAUACAUUGGUUACGAGCAGACCAAAUAGCCAGCAACCACCCUUACUAUUGAAUCGGAGCCUCGAGGAAAUCGAGGUUAUAGCGUCAUUACCUAUUAGGACGGAAGUUCCUGAUCAAGUGAUGAAUGAUGAGAUCUUACCGAUGACGAAUAUGAAGAGCAAUGAACUACAAGAGCCGAGGCAACCUCGUACGGCGAUAGAACGUACGCCAACCGAAUUCCAAAUCAACCCUUCAAUAGAAAGUGACAUUCCAUUCAGCCACCCGGAAGAUAUAAGCGACUUACUUGAAUCUGAAGGCUUGAAGGCAUUGGAUGGACUGUUUGAAGAACACGGGCCACCCGAAUCAUGGGACAACUUUACGUUUGAAGAUGAAACUAAUUAA